CAUUGAUCAGUCUAAAAAUACUAUUCCGACAAACAAGUCACAAAUUCAUUUUACGUGCAAAUUUCUCAUUUUUUUUUGCACUGCCCACUAACAGUGUUCGGUCGUUAUGUGCUGCUAUUUUUAACAAAUAAAAUCUAAAAGAACAAAUAAUUAAAAAUACUAAAUAAAAAUUACAAUAAAAGUGUGCUAAUUAAGUAGACAUGUAAAAACUUAAAUUAACAAAAAAAAAAAAAAAAAAACACAUUAUCAAAUAUCGAUGACGAAUAGAUUGCAAUAAUUUGAAAAGUAGUUAAGAAUGCCACCAAAACGUGUACCACCACAGGUGCCAAAGAAGCCAAAUCCCAGUCUCACCUAUGAGGUGUUAAUCUAUUUGAAUUCCUUCUAUUUCGGCAUGUUCGCUGGCUGUGAACUUGCGAUGAGUCUCCUUAAGGCAAUAAAUCUGACCUAUCCAAUGGAUAUAUUGAUUAGAGACAUGUGUGUUAUAUUUGGAUUCUGUCUGUUGGAAACGAUACGCAUUAUAAUGGGCCGCAAGGGAACUCUAGCCGAGCGAGGUUGGCCUGCAAUUAUGUCAGUUUUUCUAACUGUACCGUGCUUUCUUGGUGUAACCUAUAUAUUACUUUUACAAAAAUAUAAAAUACGUUUAGAAUAUGUACUUUGUACUUUACAAUUGGGUCUAUAUCUCACCGAAAUUUGGUAUGCCAUAUACUUUGUUUUUUCACUAUGUCGUCCAGUAACUUAUGAUUAGGACUAAAAACCAAACAAAAACUACAAAAAAAUUAUAUAAAAUAAUUAAAAAAAAAACAUUAUAUACUCGUAAAAAUGUAUGUAACUUUAUAUAAAAACAAACAAUUCGUAAAUAAAAUUUAAAAAUAAAUCUAAAUCUAAGUGUAAAAGGACCCCUCUGUUAUUUAUAAACGUUUAGAAAAUUGUAGUAAAUUUACAAAAUUGUAAAAGAAAACAAAAUUUAGAAAACUGUUAUACAAAAAAAUAAAAAAAAUAAAAAUAAAUAAUAAUAAUAAAUGUAAAUUUUCUUAAAAAUUUAUGUAAAACUGAUUAAAAUUUAUAAAUAUAAA